AAUUGGGCUGGGCUUAAACACGAAAUUAUUCUACGGCGCUGCAAUUGGAACUCGACGACUGCAACACAGAGAAGGCGGCAACAUUUACGGGUAUGAAUCGCUUCUAGCAAUCGCUUUACUCCCCCAAGUUUCCAUCUUAAGAUAUCAGAGCAGGAGCUUAAUGGAGCACGAUCCAUGUUUUCCAAAUGGAGCGUGCUCAAGAUCGUUAAUGUAAUUGGCUUAGAUGCUUAUGUUGACAAUUCGAACGUCUAGUACAAGGACCAUAUCGAUUCACUUUAUUUAGCCGAUGGACUCGAGAGACAAUAAAGUAGCACCCCAAGGUGAGACGGUUCAGAUUCUAGUUGAGUUCUUGGAGGUGGCCAUUACAUCAAUUGUCUUCCUCAAAGGCAUUUAUCCAUCUGGUGCAAUUCUUUCUUUAAUUUGUUUGUUUAAGAUCCUAUGAUCUGCUUUAUUUGUUACAGAGGAUGGUGAUUGCACUUUAUUGUAUUUCUACCAAGUAAUUAAGAAACAUUGGUUUAUGAGCAUAACAACCCAAAUCCACCGCUAACAAAUACUUUUCUCAUUGGACUUUCCAUUUUGAGCUUCUCCUCAAGGUUUUUAAAAUGCCUCUGCUAAGGAGAGAUUUCCACACCCUUAUAUUAGUUCCCCUCCAACUGAAGUGGGAUUUCCCAAUCCACCUCCUUCAAGGCCCAACGUCCUCUUUGACACUCGUUCCCCUCUCCAAUCGAUGUGGAUCUCACAAUCCAUCCCCUUCAGAGCCCAGCGUCUUCAUUGGCACUCGUUUCUCCCUCUAAUCGAUGUGGGAUCUCACAAUGGGUGCUUUUGAAAGAAGAAGGUAUAUGAAUGCGGUUGUGCAGAGGGCUCGUCAUCCUGAGCUGCAGGAUUACAUCCACUCAACUGUUUCAGGGCUACUUCCUUUCAUCCAAAAGGGACUGGUGGAGAGAGUGGCAGUUAUAUUUUUCAACGGGGAAAAUAUCCAAGUCGAAAGAUUUGUUUUCAAGCUCAUAGUGAACCAGUCUUAUGAAUCAAAGGUCGAAAAUUCUGACCUGGAGUUCGCCUUAAGGUCAUUCUUGAUCAAGCUAUCUGUCACGGAGCCUCUAACCAAGACUCUUCCGCCUGACUGCAAAUGGGAAAUAACUGCCUACUUCCAAACCCUCCCAAGUUCUGGUACAAGUAAAGAUGCAGAGUUAUGGAUCCCAACGGAUACCAAACAAUGGCAACAACCACCAAUAAUCACCCCCAUCAAGUCCAUGAACAGCCAACCUCUGAGUUUGCAGUUAUAUCUAGAACAUCCUAGCUUAUCUGAGCCAAAACCAUGUGAAUAAAUGUGCAUUAUUGUGAAAAGUUUUGAGCUUGUAUUCUAGCUCUUCUGUACACUAUCCAUAGUAUGUAUGAACUCAUACAACAAUUAUUCCUCUACCAAAAAUGUUUAGAAGCCUCAAAGCGUUCUGAUACUAGCUCAUUGUCAAGUUUCGAUUUUGCAGCUAAAAUACUCUUUCUUUUUAGGUUUGGAUAAAGGGUAUGGUAGCAAAUACUGCUAGUCUGCUACUGUUGAGUGAUUCUGUAUUCAUCUUUUGUAACAUGAUAUGAACUUGUAUUCCAAGUCA